AACUAUUUUGAAAGCGGAACGUUUGUUGGUAAGACUACCAUUAAUAAUCGUCAUAUGAUAAAUCACGUGACGGGAAAAGAGCUAUAACAAAAAAUCUCAUUGUUUAUAACAGCUAGAUUGAUUCAAGCUAAAUAUGUUGAAGCUUUUUGCCUUGUGUGCAUUUAUAGCAAGUUGCAGUGCUUUAUCCUGCGACAAUCAAGCGGAAUUUUGCAAAAAUUUGCAAACCGCCACUAAAUGUAAAAAAAUCGACACUUGCAUAACAAACGUUUGGAGCCAAUUUAAAGGCGAUAAAACAAGCGAUAUCUGCACUUUUUGUGAAACUUUGAUAACGACCGUUCGAGAUGCUUUAUCAAACGCCGAAACAGAGAAAGCUAUCGAAAACUACUUGGCGAAUGCUUGUACCAUCAUUCCUGAUGAAACCAUCGCAAAAGAUUGCACUGCAGCAGUUGACAAUUAUUUACCUGAAAUUUUCCAAUUAAUCAAAAGCGUUUUGAAUCCUCAACAAGUUUGUAAUGCUAUUGGAAUAUGCAAGCCCCAAAUGAAAUUAACAAACCCAAAAGUUAUCGAAUUGGUACAGCCACGCCUAAGAAUUUUACCAGCGAAUAAACAGAGUCCUAUUAAAAUGAUGUUGACGAAAACAAAUGACAAGAUUUGCGAUGAUUGUAAAAAGAUUAUGACAGAUGUCGAAGCUCUGAUUAGUGAACCGGAAACUGAAAAGAAAAUUGAAACAUAUUUUGAAAAUAACCUUUGCAAUUUCCUCGGAAGUUUAGCAUCGGCUUGCGAUGAUGCAAUUAAACAAUAUAUACCAAUGUUGUUUAGCAUGAUCAAACAAGAAUUACAACCAGUUGAAGUCUGCUCCGCUUUGGGUUUAUGUACUGCUGGAGAUCAUACAGUUUUACCAAAACUCAAACUUACUAAUAUGAAGUUAUACGGAUACGCUUCGAGUUUGAACAGUGACUACGAAUGCAAUGUGUGCAAGACAGUUUUCAAUGAUUUAAAGGCGGUCGAUACAAAUGUUCUCGUACAAAAAUACGUUGAAACUAUAAUCUCUGAGGAAAUUUGUACUAAAUUAGGCCCAUUUGAAUCGCAAUGUAAGCAAGAAAUAUCCGAGUAUGGAGCAAUUCUUUUCGAUCUUAUUGCUACUGAAUUGGAUGGUGAUGCUAGAUGUAAAUCUUUGGGAUUCUGUAAUAAUCCGGCGUUUAAUAAAGUCAGUGUUAUUAGACAACAAACUGAAAAGAUUGUAAAACAAGAAAAGAUGAAGGCAGUAAAAGUUUCCAGUGAAGAAUGUGUACUUUGCGAAUUCGUUAUCAAUACUUUGGAAAGAUUCGUUAACAAAAAUAGUACAGAAGAGGAAGUUAUCAGUGCAUUGAACAAAGUAUGCUCAAUCUUGCCUGAUACUAUCAAGGUACAGUGUAGCGAUUUCGUUAAAACAUAUGGCAAUGCUAUGGUAAAACUUCUGAUAAGCGAAUUAAAACCAGAAAUGGUUUGCCGUACCCUCGGUUUAUGUUCUACUAAUACGAAAUUGGUCAAAAUGAUACCAAUCAAAGUUAAAGCUGGUGAAUUUUGCCCAAUUUGUAAAACGGUAAUGCAAUACGUUGAUUCAAUGCUACAAAAAAAUUCUACAAUUCAAGAAAUUGAAGCAGUUAUGGAUAAAGUUUGCAACUUUUUGCCAUCGAGUCUCACUCAAGAAUGUGACAGUCUCGUUCAACAGUAUGGUCCAUUGAUAAUUCAUUUAUUAGCCGCUGAAAUGGCUCCUCAACAAAUCUGCACAGCCAUUGGAUUGUGUACUUCAAGCACACAAAAAACAGCUCAACAUCUUCUCGGUACAGAUGAAUGUACUUUUGGCCCAGCAUUCUGGUGCGCCAGUAUGGAGAACGCUAAAAAGUGUAACACUAUUACUCAUUGCCAAGAAAAUGGCUGGAAAACAAAGUAAGAAGAGAAUCCCUAUACACAAUAUUUAAAAUCUGAAAUAAUUAAAAGAAAGAAGAAAAGAGAAUUCUAUUUAACAAAUAUUAACAAGUAAAAUUAUCAAAAUUUUCAAAUAUAAAUAAUAAUAGAAAACUUUUUUUAUAUAAAAAAGAAAUAUAGUAAUAUUCACUUGUUUAUAAGCUUUAUUAUUUACCUUGUCCUAUAUUCGCACUGUGUUGCUUUUUCAUAAUUUAAAAUAAAUGAUUUUACAACAAUUUCUUUUUAAUUUCUCUUUAUUUAAUAUAUUUAAAAGAUUGUACUAGAAAUAGAACACCCAAUUCGUAGAUAUAUGGCAUAGUAAACAAAUGAUGAUACCGAUUAAUGAUAUACCCUGUUUUGACGAUUGGUUGUGAGAUCCAAUCUUUUCCAUAAUUGAUGCACUGUCC